UAAACUCAUCCAGUGCUCCGAGAAGGUCGCAUAGAAAAUUGUUCCCGUAAUUUUUUUACGUUUAUAUCCAGAUUAUAUUUAUUUCUCGUGAUCUGUCUAUUUGCUCCAAUGCCUACAGCAAUGGCAACCAUAGAGCAUGCCACGCAGCUGCUGGAUUUUACGCAAAAACUCGAUAUAACUUUACUAGACUCGGUUGUCUCGUGUUUUUACAUGGCACAAGGACCACAGCAACGAAUGGCAGACCAGAUCCUAACUCAACUCAAACAGCACCCGGACGCCUGGACAAGAGUCGAUACAAUACUCGAAUUUUCAAAUAACCAGCAGACUAAGUAUUUCGCGCUCCAAAUACUCGAAUCAGUCAUCAAGACGCGAUGGAAAGUUCUUCCUUCCGAGCAGUGCGAAGGGAUCAAGAAAUAUAUCGUAGGGCUCAUAAUAAAAAUCUCGUCUGAAGGCGAUAUGUUGGAGAAAGAAAAAACAUAUAUUGGAAAGUUGAAUAUGAUUUUAGUGGAGAUUUUGAAGCAUGAAUGGCCAAAGAAGUGGCCAAGUUUUAUCAGUGAUAUAGUUGGCGCUAGUAAAGCAAACGAGUCUCUCUGCCAGAACAACAUGGUGAUUCUUAAACUUCUCAGUGAGGAAGUUUUUGACUUCUCCAGUGGUCAGAUGACACAAGCAAAGGCAAAACAUUUGAAGGACAGCAUGUGCAGUGAAUUCUUGCAGAUAUUUACCCUUUGCCAGUUUGUUCUGGGCAACUCUCAGAAUGUCACUCUUAUUGGUGCAACAUUGGAGACUCUGCUACGUUUUCUCAACUGGAUUCCCCUUGGUUACAUAUUUGAGACACAGCUGAACAGCACUCUUGUUUGCAAGUUUCUGAAUGUACCCAUGUUCCGAAAUGUGACUCUGAAGUGUCUGACUGAAAUUGCUGGCAUUGAUGCAAACCAGUAUGAUGAACAGUUUGUAGUGCUGUUUUCUUUAACAAUGGCUCAGUUAAAACAGAUGCUCCCUUUGACGAUCAACAUCAAAGAUGCAUAUGCAAAUGGAAAAGACGAUGAGCAGAAGUUUAUUCAGAAUCUGAGUUUGUUCCUGUGUACAUUUCUAAAGGAACAUGGCCAGUUAGUGGAGAAGAAGGAGGAACUACAUACAACAUUGUUGGAGGCUCUCCAUUAUCUUGUCCUCAUCUCUGAGGUAGAAGAGACAGAAAUAUUCAAGAUCUGUUUGGAGUACUGGAAUGCACUGGCAUCAGAUUUAUACCGCGAGAACCCAUUCCCUUCAAGUACACCUCUUUUGAUUGGCUCUUCACAGUCUCAAACAAUACCACCAAGAAGACAAAUGUACUUGUCAGUAUUGUCCAAAGUACGGCUGACUAUGAUUGCAAGGAUGGCCAAACCAGAAGAGGUUCUGGUGGUUGAAAAUGAUCAAGGAGAAGUUGUCAGGGAGUUCAUGAAGGAUACAGAUGCUAUCAACCUCUACAAGAACAUGAGGGAAACCUUAGUUUAUCUCACCCAUUUGGAUUACCAAGACACUGAGAGAAUAAUGACAGAAAAAUUACAGAAUCAAGUUAAUGGCACUGAAUGGUCAUGGAAAAAUCUCAAUACGCUUUGUUGGGCAGUUGGCUCUAUCAGUGGAGCAAUGCAUGAAGAGGAUGAGAAGAGAUUUUUGGUUACUGUAAUCAAGGAUCUCCUUGGCUUAUGUGAAAUUAAACGUGGGAAGGACAACAAGGCAAUUAUUGCCUCAAAUAUAAUGUAUAUUGUUGGGCAGUAUCCAAGGUUCUUGAGGGCCCAUUGGAAGUUUUUGAAGACAGUGGUUAACAAACUAUUUGAGUUUAUGCAUGAAACACAUGACGGUGUCCAGGACAUGGCUUGUGAUACUUUUAUCAAAAUAGCCCAGAAAUGCAGAAGACAUUUCACCCAGGUGCAGGUUGGCGAGGUUAUGCCUUUUAUUGAGGAAAUACUAAACAGUACACAGUCCAUUAUCUGUGACCUCCAACCACAGCAGGUUCACACUUUCUAUGAGGCAGUUGGAUAUAUGAUCAGUGCACAAACUGAUUCUGUUGUCAUGGAGAGAUUAAUUGAGAAGUACAUGUCACUUCCAAAUCAAGCCUGGGACAACAUUGUCAAAGAAGCAACAAGGAAUAUCGAUCAUUUGAGGGAAAUAGAAGUUGUCAAACAGCUGGGAAACAUUCUGAAAACAAAUGUUCAAGGCUGCAAAUCAAUUGGACACCCUUUUGUUACACAGCUUGGUAGAAUAUACCUGGAUAUGCUUAACGUUUACCGCUGUCUUAGUGAAAACAUUUCUGUGGCAAUAGCAGAAAAUGGUGAAAUUGUCACAAAACAGCCUCUUAUAAGAGCAAUGAGAACAGUGAAAACAGAAACCCUCAGACUAAUUUCCACAUGGGUUGGCAAAUCAAAUGAUGCAAAGCUUGUGUGUGAUAACUUUAUUCCUCCAUUACUGGAUGCUGUACUGGGUGACUAUCAGAGGAAUGUGCCUAAUGCGCGGGAACCUGAAGUGCUGAGUACCAUGGCAACUUUUGUUAACAAAUUAGAGAGAAAUGUCACAGAGCAUGUGCCAAAGAUAUUUGAUGCUGUGUUUGAAUGCACCCUGGACAUGAUUAAUAAGAACUUUGAAGAGUUCCCUGAACACAGAACAAACUUCUUCCUCCUUCUCCAAGCGGUGGUGCAACACUGCUUCCAAGCUUUAUUAACAAUACCACCUCAACAAUUCAAGCUGGUUUUAGAUUCCAUUGUUUGGGCUUUCAAACACACAAUGAGAAAUGUUGCAGACAUUGGGCUUCAUAUUCUGUACUCGUUGUUAAAAAGCUUGGAGCAAGAAGCUGCAGCACAGAGUUUCUAUCAGACGUACUACAUGAUGAUUGUUCAGCAUGUGUUAUCAGUAGUCACAGACACAUCACAUACAGCAGGUUUAACAAUGCAUGCAACAAUCUUGGCACACAUGUUCAGUUUAGUAGAAUCAGGGAAAGUUUCAGAGCCUCUUUUUGCUGCAGAAGCAACACAGUAUCCCACAAAUCAGGCAUAUGUUCAAGAGUGCAUAGCCAAUCUUCUCAAGCAAGCUUUUCCUCAUUUGCAAGAUGCACAGAUUAAGCUAACUGUCCAAGGGCUUUUUGAUCUAAAUCAAAACAUUCCAGCGUUCAAGGAACAUUUACGAGACUUCAUGGUGCAAAUAAAGGAAUACAGAGGUGAAGAUGUCAGUGACCUGUAUUUGGAAGAGCGUGAUCAGCAGCUGAAAUCAGCUCAGGAAGAGAAACGAAAAGUUCAACUCUCUGUACCUGGAAUUGUCAACCCUCAUGAUGUGCCUGAAGAAAUGCAAGAUUAAUAUUUAUUAUUAGUUUUUAAUGAUAUUCUUUAACUAUUAGUUAGAUUUUGCCAAUGAGUAAGAUACUUGUAUUAUCUGCAUGAAACAUGUAUUUUUGUACUUUUUUUGUGUUUGUAAUUACAUGAUAAUCUGGCAGAGAAAAGCAACCUACUUUUUAGGUAAUGGCAAUUCAGAAACAUUGUAUGAAUGACGGAUUGUGGUCAUGGAUACCACACUCUUUAGCUAUUAUUGACAAUAAGUUGUAUUAUUUCAUGUUGAAAAUAGUUUGCUGCAGAAGCUAAAAGGCCAAAGGCUGGAAGAUACAAUUUUUUAAAAGAUUUGUUGGUUUAUACUGAGCAGUG